UCUCCCCUGGCAAGUGAUGGUACGCGUGGCUCAGCGUAGACGUCAGCCUACAGGACACCACGCUUCUCUUCAUAUAUCCGUAGAUAUGUAAACGGACAUUACAUGGGUGACGGGUCACAUAUUCAGUCAUAUUUGUUUAAAGUUCAGUCAGGAACGUCGCGUACGCGAACAGCUGGUUGGUUGUAGCUAGCUGCUGCAAAGCUAGCAAGACAGACACCCUCCCUACACGGAGAUUUUUCAUGUAUCUUCAUAAUUCCAGUUAUCUGAAGAGCAAUUUUCUGCAGCAAUACGUGUGGACGUUUAGGGCUUUUCUCGUUUAGAUUUCUUUCUUUCUUUCCCCCAUAAUGCGACUCUCUGGCACCGGGUUUCUCAGUUGGCUCCUUGCGGUCUUCGUUGAGGAGGAUCACUGGAGAGAGUGGUGCUGAGCGACAGACACCCCAAUAUUCAUUACACAACUCUACCACCGGCUGCACCUGCAGAGAGUCAGUAUCAUGGAGGAAGGCAGUGGGGCUGCUGCAGUGGUUGGAAGUGCAGCUCUCAGACUACUCGAAGCCACUGGAAGUCAUGACAUCUCUGACCGGGGCCUGAUGCCUGGACGGCAAUCAGAAGAGGAUGAUAUUGUGCCAGAGCUUGCCAGGAGCAUCCACCCCCGUGAGCGACCUGACUGGGAGGAAACGAUCAGUGCAAUGGCGCGGAGCGCUGAUGUUCCAGAGCUGAUUGCUGAGCCUCUCGUGCACUCCUGUUGCAACACUGCCAGCACGAAGGUGAAAAACGUCAAAAAGCUCUCGUUCACCAAGGGCCACUUCCCAAAGUUAGCCGAAUGUGCCCACUUCCACUAUGAAAACGUUGACUUUGGAACAAUACAGCUGACCCUCGCAGAUGAACAGACUGAAGUGACUCGGAAUGGCCUGGAGUCAAAAGAGCCUGUGUAUUUGGUCCAAAUCUAUUGUCAGGGACGAAGCUGGAUUGUGAGGCGGAGCUAUGAAGAUUUCCGAGUGCUGGAUAAGCAUCUCCAUCUCUGCAUCUAUGACCGGCGCUUUUCUCAGCUCCCUGAGCUGCCCCGCUUCGACAGCCUGAGGGAGAGAGCAGAGACAGUUUCCCAAAUGCUGAUGGCUUACCUUUCCCGUCUCUCAGCAAUUGCUGAUAACAAGAUCAACUGUGGGCCGGCCCUCACAUGGAUGGAGAUUGACAACAAAGGGAAUCACUUGCUGGUACAUGAGGAGUCAUCCAUUAAUGUUCCAGCUAUCGCAGCGGCCCAUGUCAUCAAGCGCUACAUUGCCCAGGCAGCUGAUGAGCUGUCUUUUGAGGUGGGGGAUAUUGUUUCAGUAAUAGACAUGCCACCCAAAGAGGACACCACCUGGUGGAGAGGAAAGCAUGGUUUCCAGGUUGGCUUUUUUCCCAGCGAGUGUGUGGAGCUGAUAAACGACAAGGUCUCGCAGUCUGUCACCAACUCAGUGCCAAAACCAGCGUCCCCCUGCUCUGGUCUGCGGCCGGCCUCCUGGAGUCUGUUCCCACCCUAUUUAGAGAUGGAGAGUAAAAAGAAGGACAGUGCAUGGGCACCCGACCCAUUAAACCCCUACAGGCUGAGCUCAGUGUCAAAGAAACACGGAAAGCUGAUCACUUUUCUGCGCACAUUCAUGAAGUCCAGGCCAACCAAACAGAAGCUGAAGCAGAGAGGUAUCCUCAGGGAGAGGGUGUUUGGUUGUGACCUGGGAGAGCAUCUCCUCAACUCAGGCCAUGAUGUCCCCCAGGUACUCAAAAGCUGCACUGAGUUCAUUGAGAAGCAUGGAGUGGUUGAUGGAAUGUAUCGUCUCUCUGGGAUCGCUUCCAACAUUCAGAAGUUGCGACAUGAGUUUGACUCUGAACAGAUCCCAGAUCUGACAAAAGAUGUUUACAUCCAGGACAUACACUGUGUUGGCUCUCUGUGCAAGCUUUACUUUCGAGAGCUUCCCAACCCUCUUCUUACCUACCAGCUGUAUGAGAAAUUCUCGGAAGCUGUGUCAGCAGCCACAGAUGAGGAGAGGCUGAUCAAAAUACAUGAUGUUAUUCAGCAGCUGCCGCCUCCGCAUUAUAGGACUCUAGAGUUUCUUAUGAGACAUCUGUCACACUUGGCCACUUUCAGCUAUGUAACAAACAUGCAUACAAAGAAUUUGGCCAUUGUUUGGGCCCCCAACUUACUAAGGUCAAAGCAAAUAGAAUCCGCUUGCUUCAGUGGUACAGCUGCCUUUAUGGAGGUGCGAAUACAGUCAGUUGUGGUGGAGUUCAUCCUUAACCAUGUUGAUGUUCUCUUCAGCCCCAAAUUGAGUUCACUUAUUCGAGAGGGAACCGGACAUAACUCUUUGUCUCGGCCAAAAUCUUUGCUGGUGCCCUCCCCUUCUACAAAGUUGCUAACACUAGAAGAGGCACAGGCACGUACCCAGGCCCAGAUUAACUCCCCGAUCACCGCAGACAGCAAGUAUAUUGAGGUUGGAGAGGGGCCUGCAGCCUUACAGGGAAAAUUCCACACUGUCAUUGAAUUCCCCACUGAGAGGAAAAGGCAGCUCAUAAAAUCUAAAAAGUCCCCAGUUGGCAGUUGGCGAUCCUUUUUCAACCUGGGCAAGUCCUCUUCGAUGUCUAAACGCAAACUACACCGAAAUCCCAGUGAACCAAACGAACUUAAGUCCAUGGCAUUGGCUGGAGGAAGAGGAGACACUGGUACUCUUCGGUCUGCCAAAAGUGAGGAGUCUCUCACCUCUCUACAUAAUGUUGAAGGAGAGUCUAGGGUGUACAGGCCACGUAGGCCUCGCUCCAGCAGUGAUGCUCUUUCUGCUUCUUUCAAUGGUGAUCUGCUGGAUAGCAAGCAACACUGUAAUUCCUACGACAACUUGGACCAUGGAGAGAGUGAAUGUGAUGACGGUCCAAUCUGUGUGCCUGCUCUCAUUUCCCCUCCACGCUCUGCUGAUGAUGUGGACUUAAGCCCCCCUGACAUUGGCAUGGCCACUCUAGACUUUGACCCCAUGUCUUUCCAGUGUAGCCUUCCUUUGGCAGAGACAUCCAUUGUCUCACUUGACACAGAUGCAGGCAGUCUGAAGAGGAGUCCUGGCAGUGCCAGUGGCUCAGAGCCUGUCUCACCAGUCAGAGCUAUUGUUACGAGCCGUUCUCGAUCUCCAGAACACAGUCUGGCCUUAGGAGAUAUUUCCAAACUGCCUUCUACACCUUUCCUAGAGAAAAUUGUGGUUCAGUCAAUUGAGAGCAGUGAGAAGUCAGCAGUUUUGACUCCUUUAAACAUCUCUGAAUCAACUGGCCCCAUGACAGGGAAAGUGCCAAAGAGCACUGUACUUCAGCCCUCUUCUCCUUCAUCUCCACUUGACUCUCCAGCAAAAUUGAGCUCUUUUUCAAGAACCACUGAUCUGCCCCUGAGUGAAGCCAUUCAACAAGAGCUUCUUUUUAAAGCUGCUACCUUUGAGGGUAAAGACAUAUCUAGCAUUGAAUGUUCACAGCCACCAAAGACCAUCUGCUCUCAAGAGCAGCCAGGAGCUGUAGCUCUGGACUCACCAAAGGGCACUGUCCCCAUCAGCUCUGUGUCCCUUCUCCCUCCCCCUCUCCCACCAACGAACGCUGCACGCAUGCUUGCACUAGCUCUAGCUGAAUCUGCCCAGAAGGCCACCAUUCUCUGUCAGAGGCGAUCCUCUGGACCCCCUACACCAAUCUCUCCUUUUAGAUCACAGGAGUUGCUGGAGACCCUUGACUGGCCUCCUCCUCCUUCCCUGCAGUCACAGCCAUCCCUGGAAGAAGCGGAAGUAGAAAUUUCACAGAUUUCAGCUCCUACGUCUUCACCAACCUCUACCCCAACUGAAAAACUAACUCACUCAGCUAUUCUGCACCUCAACACAGACGAUAACGGAAAACCCACGACUUUGUGCAACAGCCAGGAUUUUGUCUUGCCAGUGACCCCAAGCCAGAGUGCUAUACCUUCCAGACAACCUUCUCAAUCUCAAAUUUCCCCAACACAAAAAAGCCCAGAAAGGCAGAAGCCUGCUGUGGGCCAGACACCUGUAAGCACAACCAAAACCACUACUACAGCCACUACACCAAACAUCAGCAGCAAGGAUACUGUCAUACAACAUCCCAGCUCUGAGAUCCAUAUUGACGACAAUGUACUGUCACCAAAACCCACAAAGACGUCAGAACAACCAGUUGCAAUACUCCAGCCUCGGCCUCAUAUACAGACUCAACCUCAUUCAACAUUUUGGUCUCAAAUUCAAGUGCAGCCUCAGUCACAAGCGCAACCUCAGUUCAAGCCCAAAUCUCACCCCCAGCCCAAUGCUAGGGUUGCACCUAUUCCUGCAGCACCUCUUGACCCUGUGGAAAAACCAUGGGAAGCCAUAAAGCCUGUACAUCCAAAAGGAGAUAGUGCUCCUCAACAUCACACUCAUGGAGUGACACUCCCGACACCCCCUGUUCGCUCCAUUGAUAGUAAACUAGCAAUGGCUGCUCUCUGCAACACUGAGGUUGCAAAUCCAGCCAACUUUCAUGCUAUCUCACCAGAGACAUCCAUGCAUGGCUCAGUGGAUGAGACUCCCUCACAAUUGCAUCCCACUCAUCUGAGGUCUUCCAGUCACCAGUCAGGUUAUAUUUACCACUCGAAAGGAGAAGCAUCCCUAUUGGAGCCCAAAGCAGAGGCAUAUUACCAUCAGCGGGUAACCCCUUCAGGCCAGUCCUCAAUGGGGUACCAUUACCGACCAGAUAGUGUACCACCACACAUUUCUUACGUCUCUAAAUCAGAGCCACAGAUUUCUUAUAGAGGUCACUGUGACAGCCGAUACAAUACAAUUGGAUCCAGAUCUUACCACCAGUCCUUCAAAUCUCAUGGCCCACCAAGAGGUGAAUACAUCUCCCCAAGCUCACUGCAUCAUACCCAUGGCUGCAGUUCAGUAGAUGGACCUACUGUAUACCCAACUAUCCGUAGGGUUCACUCCCUACAUGUGACACCCACUACUAUCCGAUCAGUGCCAGUCACCAGAGCUGAGGUUCCACCAGAUGAUGAGCUGAUUUAUUACCAGCGGCCAGUCUACCACUGCAAGUCUCACCAACCCUCAUCUCAAGCUGAUUAUCAUGUCACACAACUGCAGCCUUAUUUUGAGAAUGGAAGAGUACAGUACCGAUACAGCCCCUACUCUGGUUCUCAUCCCCUGGAUGCACCUUACUAUGAUGUCGACCAUUACGGCACUAUCCGCUUACGGCAUGUCCAUUCUUUCAGUGGUCGGGACACAGCCCCUAGCAAUAGCAGAUCUGGAGCCAAGUCCGGUGGCUAUCAUUACCUUUCACGGAAUGUCAUUCCUUUGAAGGAGCACGGCUUCGUUAGUAGGGACAUGCCUUCUUAUGGUGGUUCUAAGGGGAGUGUUUUCUUUUGGGACCCAGAAGAAGCAGAGAGGCUUCGUAUACACUCUAUUCGCAGAGAAAACCGAGCAAGGCAGAAGGUGAAGGGUUCAAUCAUGUCUCAGUAUGACAAUGUAGGACCCUACAUACCAGUGGAUAUUAGUGGAUUAGACAUGUUACACUUGCACAGCAAAUCAGAUACUGGCAAAACUGUAUUGAUGACCGCUGAGGGAAAGGAGGCCAGAUACAACAUAGCUCCUGGAUUUCAGCAUGCUCCCAGGCAUCUCAUCUCAGAUCCAGAUGUCCUUAUGUAUAUGGAAACAGAGAAGAACUGCCAGGGAAAUGGGAUGGGAGACAAACCCACCAAACAAGGCAGCUCCAGGGCCUACUCGUCUGCCCAUUCACAUCAGUCACAACUUCCACCACGAAGCAUGCACCACUUACCAGAGGGUUCCCAUGUUGACCCAAAUUUUGAGCCAGGGGAAAAACAACUCAGUGGUAAACGUUGGCAGGAACACUCAGAGGGCAGAAGCAUUCAGCCUCAUUAUGAAUGGUCAGAUUUAGAUCGGCACAUAUGCAGGGUUAAAACCACUAGCACCAGUGAAGAUGAACAAGCAGCUCCUGUGAAGCCAACUCCUCCACCCAAGCCUGAGAGAUUGCAUAGCAUACAAGAGCGACAGCAUCACAACCAGUCCAGUCUUCUCUCCCAUUUACCGGACAGCUCAGACCAUAUUGAAUCCUGCUCUCAUCAGUCACAGGGGCAGAGACAAAGCACAAUUACUUUACAGUCACACUACGACAACAUUGAUGACUACCACCCAGUACCUCAGUCCCAAACCUUAGUAGCAAAUCGGGGUGGCUCCAGCUCCUAUCACAGCCCUGGUUUCUCAACUCCAUGCAGUAAUCGGGCAUACUCCACUGCCUUGGGACAGGGCGCCUUUAUCCAAGCUGAGCUUUCAGCCCAAAGGCCCGAGACAGAGAUUAAUGCUGAGUGAUUCAGGCUUUUAAAAACAGCGGGGAUGGAUUUUAGACAUUAAUUGAAUUAUUAUUGAAAGCCUCAAAAUUUAGCAGCCUCUGCUGGACAGUUGCUGACUGUUUACAUUCAGUUUACUAGAUUUUUUUAAGUGUACAAAGAAAUGUAAGACUUUUUACUGAACUGAAUGUACCAUAAUUUCAUCAGUUGUUAAACAGCCACAUUGUGACAUGGAAAUAUAGCCUGUCAAAUAUUGUAAAUACUCUGUGAUAUUGACAAAUGCUACAUAAAUCAUAACCAGAAGUUAUGUAUAUUUGGGGGAAAAAACUACUGGUUAGAAGGGAUACAUUUGUUCUUUUAUUAUAUUGAAAAGGUCUGGAAUGUGAUAUACACCGAUCAGCCACAACAGAAAAACCACUUGCCUAAUAUUGUGUAGGUCCCCCUCGU